GAUAAAGAUACCACUUCUCACGGGCAAUUCGAAGAACUAUUAAAAGACUGGCAAGAGCCACCUGUAGGUGACGACGAGGUAUCCAAAUACCUUCAUCUGAGCGAAAGGCAAUUACCUGGGUUGUUGGCGUUCAACCCCCUGGAGGGAUCUGGAUCAAUAGAUUCUACGACGUCCUUACCACGAGGGCCGGGAUAUAUGAACGUUUCAAUAUGCUUGACGGGAGUAUGUGGCGCUUACUUCCAAACUGUUGGUACAUGGUACAUCACAGCAAUACUUUACAGACACUAUUGGCUGAUGGGGAUGGUCCUGCAACGACAUCCCGAGCUCAACAAGACAGAUGUUUACAUCGAUCGAAAUAAUAUGUGGCUGGAGUGCUGGCAUAACCAGGGAGACGUAGUUUCUUUACACGAUAGCUUCAUCAGUUUUACCUUCACGAUUACAUUCGAAAAUGGUUUGGACUUCGAAGAUGAAGACAUAAGACGGAAGAUAGAAACCAGUUUAAGUUAUCUUAAUUCUAAUCCAUACAUGAGGACAACUGUUCCCGGGAUAUAUCUAAGAGGGAACUAUCACCGAUGCAGUAAUAGUUACACUAAACGAAACAUAGGCAAUAACCCAAGGUACCUAAAGUGUGUAGAUUAUAUUGAUGAAGAUAAAAACAACCCAGACUUUCCGAUAGAUGGCAACAUAUGUCACUUAUUUUAAUCUACAUUGUACUACAAACAUUACAGAACAU